AGCACUUAAAAGAGGGGCGGUGAGGGGGACGGAACCGCCAGCUGGGCAGGAGCAGGGUUUCGCCAGGCCGUGAGGCGCCGCUCGUGAACGGCGGUUUACCUCAGGCGGGCGCCGGUCGGAGCCAGCGUCCCCGUUAUGGGGGGUGGGAGGGAGGCUGUACCAAAACACGGAGGAGAGAGAGAGGCGGAUCGGGACCCCUGCUGGCUUUUUUUUUUUACUCGCUACUGUCUGAGGUGACACGUCGCGCUACUGCUGGGUUAGCUGAGAAGACGCCGCCCCUCACCGACCCCCUGACGGCUGCAGAAGCGGGCCCCCCCCCUCGCCCGGGCAGCGGCGCCAACUCGGCCUAUCCUUGCUGUUUUGCUGCUUGCCUUGUAGCCACGCUGGGCUCGACUGAGCGUUACUGAGGGAGCGCGAAGGCGCCGCGCCCCCUCCCCCGUGCUUCAGUGCUAUCCUCCCUGCCGCCUGGCCCGCUCGCUGACUGCCCUCCUCUGCCCCAGAGACAGAGAAGGCGCGAGAGCGUGAAGGAGCCCCGUUCGCGACUCUCCUCUUCCCCCUGGUGACAGCCCCCCCCCAUCUCCCCGGUCUUGCAACGGUUUUGUGUUGCUCUCGCACCAGGCUGCGCUUGCGCCCUCGGCCCCUUUGUAGCCAAGCUCCUGGCAAGGAGAAGGGCAGGGGGGUUGUACCUGCGUGUGGGACUAGCCGGCGUUCUUCCUGUGAAGGAGGAGUACCAACCACCUCGGUGGAAAGUGACAGGACGGCCGGGAUGGUGGAUGCUGCCCAGUAAAAUGUUAAGCCCCCCCCCCCCCGAAAUUCAGAAUCCGAUGUCACAGCAGAUCAAGUGGAAGACACAUUUCACAGCUAUGGAGAGUGAACCAAAUACAACAACUUCUUCUACAUGCACGACAACCAUAGCCACCACAUCUUCCCCAUCACGUACGCAGCCACCUCAAAUAUCUGUUUAUAGUGGCUCAGAUCGACAUGCUGUGCAGGUUAUUCAGCAGGCGUUGCACCGGCCCCCGAGCUCAGCAGCUCAGUACCUUCAGCAAAUGUAUGCAGCACAACAGCAGCAUCUAAUGUUACAAACAGCUGCUUUGCAACAGCAGCAUUUGAGUAGCGCCCAGUUCCAGAGUCUGGCCAGUGUUCCACAGGCAAACCUCUCGGGUGGGAGGCAAUGUCCGUCCCCCAGUGGCAAUGGCAGUCAGCAGUCAAGCAUGUCAGAAACCUCGAUUAAUCUCUCUGCUUCUCCUACACCUGCGCAGCUAAUAAGCCGUUCGCAGACCUCCAACACUAGUAGCAGCAGUCUCACCCAGCAGACCAUGUUGUUAGGCAGCACUUCUCCAACUCUGACUGCAAGCCAGGCUCAGAUGUAUCUCCGAGCUCAAAUGCUGAUUUUUACACCUGCUACCACUGUGGCGGCUGUCCAGUCUGACAUUCCUGUUGUGUCAUCAUCAUCUUCGUUUCCCUGUCAGUCUGCAGCUACUCAGGUCCAGAACUUGACACUGCGCGGCCAGAAGUUGGGUGUAUUAUCUAGUUCCCAGAAUGGUUCUCCAAAAAGCAGUAGUCAAGCUCAGACACUAGCUGUGUGUCCUAAUAAACCAGUAACCAGUACCAAAGCCAGCCAAUCAGAUCCUUCAGAAGGCAAAAGGAAAGGAGACAGUCCGACUGCAGAGCCUCGAAGUCCAGCUGUUACGCGUACAUCAAGUAUCCAUCAACUCAUAGCACCAGCUUCUUAUUCUCCGAUCCAACCUCAUUCUCUAUUGAAGCAUCAACAGUCCCCUCUUCAUUCUCCGCCUUCAAAAAUUUCCCACCAUCAGCUGAUCUUCCAGCAGCAGCAAGUUCAACCAAUCACACUCCAGCUUCCUCCCAGUCAGGAACCAUCUCCAUCUCAACACUGUGCACCACUCCAGAGCCAUGCCCUCCCUCCACCUCCCAGCAGUACCCCAUCACAGCACUGUACAUCUGUUCACAUCCAUCCCCCUCCACUUUCUCCAACUCCAUCACAAUCCUCACAGCAAUCCGUGGUGGUAUCUCCCCCGCCACCUCCUUCCCCCAGCCAAUCGCCAACUAUUAUUAUUCAUCCCCAAAAUCUUAUUCAGUCACAGUCACAUCCAUUAGUAUCAUCAGCACUUCACACAGAGCAUACCCCAACUCAGAGUGAUGAUAGGCCUACAGAACCAAUAUCACAACCUGCUAAUCUUCCACCUCAGCUGCCGCCUUCCCCAGCAGGACACAUUGGGUCAUCAGAGUCACCUUCUGUGAUGUCUACAGGGCAACAGAUAACUUCUCCAACACCUCAUUCACAGUAUGCAACUUUGCAGCCUACACCAGUUCCGGUUGCCACCUCCCCGAAGAUCGCGACAUCUCCGACCCACAAUCAGCCACUCCCCCUUCCUCCUGUGCAGUCUUUACAAGUGCAGCCUGACAUUUUGUCUCAAGGUCAGGUUUUGGUACAAAAUACAUUGGUUUCUGAAGAGGAACUUCCUGCUGCUGAAGCAUUGGUCCAGUUGCCAUUUCAGACACUUCCUCCACCCCAGACAGUUGCAGUAAACCUUCAAGUACAACAAGUACCUGUUGAGACACCAGUGAUUUAUCAAGUUGAGGACAUGUGUGAGGAAGAAAUUCCAGAGGACUCAGAAUGUCUUCGUAUGGCUCAGACACCUACUCCACCCACACUGUCACCACCAGCUAUAACCUUAAGAAAUAGAGAAGAGCUUGCCUUUGAGGAAUCUUUUUCAGAACACGAAGGACAUCCUUCAGUAGCCUCAUCAGUCAGCGCUUCUGUAAUAAAAUCACCAUCUGAUCCUUCUCACACCUCUGUUCCACAACCACCUCUUUUACUUCCAGCAAUCACCACAAGGAGUAAUGGCUCAUCAUUAUCUCAUAGGAAUCCUAACACAGAAAACAAACUUCCACAAGCCAUUGUUAAACCACAAAUCCUAACGCAUGUUAUUGAAGGCUUUGUGAUCCAAGAAGGCUUAGAACCAUUUCCUGUAAGUUGUUCAUCUCUUAUGGUUGAGCAGCCUGCAAAAAAGAGACUCCUAGUGGAGGGCCAGGUAAUGAAUGUUAGGUGUGUUGAGCCCGAAGUACAGAACAAUGCAAAACAUGCUGACAAUUCCUCAGACACAGAAAUGGAGGACAUUACUGAAGAAGGACUAGAUGAGAUGGAAACUGAUCUCCUUAAGUGUGAGUUCUGUGGGAAAAUGGGAUAUGCAAACAAGUUUUUGCGAUCUAAGCGGUUCUGCACCAUGUCAUGUGCUAAGAGGUACAACGUCAGUUGCAGUAAGAAAUAUGGGUUAUAUGCAUCUGACAAGGCUAGUCGUUGGAACCGGAGCCAAGAAAGUCAGAACCUGGGACGACGCGGGCGUCGGCCAAGCAGCUGUGAUGGAGCUCCUCGAGAACACUUCCUUAGACAGCUUCCAAUUACUUAUCCAUCUGCAGAAGAAGACUUGGCUUCUCAAGAAGAUAAUGUGCCAGUUGCCAUGACCACUCGUUUGCGAAGGCAAAGUGAAAGGGAAAGAGAGCGUGAACUUAGGGAACUGAGAAUUAGGAAGACGUCGGACAACAUAGAUUUGUUACCCCCUGUGCAAUCUGACCCAUCCGUAUGGACUGUUGAAGAUGUGUGGGCCUUCAUACACUCUUUACCUGGUUGUCAAGAUAUUGCUGAUGAAUUUCGAGCUCAGGAAAUUGAUGGGCAGGCUCUUCUCUUAUUAAAAGAAGAUCAUCUCAUGAGUGCAAUGAAUAUUAAGCUAGGACCUGCACUGAAAAUCUGUGCACGGAUCAAUUCUUUAAAGGAAUCAUAGUGGAAAAACUAAGACUCUAAGGCACAGAAAACGGCAGAUUGCAAACCUGUAAAAUAAGCCAACAUCUAAAUGUUUGAUGUGAUUAUUACAGCUGUGUUUGCUACACAUAUUUUUCACAUACCAACUACUGGAGGAGCAUAUUUAGUGUAAUCUUCCAAACCUUCUAGUAGUUAUCCAGCUUAUCAAGAAGCAUAAGCUGUGCUGGCAAAUUGUAUUCAAACGCAGGAUGAGGUUGAUUCAGUCGAAAGCUUUGUGAAGUGUAUGUAAUAUGUUGUGGGUGAUGCUUAUUCCAAAAAGGCAAUUAUUUACCAUACAGGAUUUAAGCUUUUUAAAAAAUAUAUACAGUAUAACCUUGAUUACAGUUUUAAAUUGUGUUUCUAUACACUUUUUUCCUUUGUAGAAAGCUUUUUAAGAAUACGGCUUAACAGAAGAGUCCACAGAGUCUGUGGAAGCAUAGAUUAUGGUAAAAUGCUAUGCAUUAAAUUGCGCUCUUUGAGUUUCAAUUAAUCUUAAGCGCAUAGGUCGAAGGGAACUUGCAACUGACCUCUUUUUCUCUCCUAACCUUACAGAUCACCCACCACUGUAGUAUUUUCUAUGAGUGCAGAAGUCUUUUUCUAAGUAGGUCAAACGUUUUGUGAAUGCAGCAAAUAUUCAGUAUCACAAUCUCUGUCAUCUGCAUUCUCCAUGUCCUUCGUGUCGGCAUACAUAGCACCCCAGUGUACACAAAUUCAUUAAUGUUGGGUUUUCUAAUGGCGGGAGGGGAGGCAUCUUUGGGAAUGUUGUAUGGUUAGUUUGAUGCACAAAAUGGAAACUCGGUUAAGAGCUGGAAUAGCAUAGCACCCUUGAUAGAGAGUACUGAAAAAGCACAUCAUUCCUUUAUGCUGCUGUGCCCUGAAGUGGGCAUUAUGUUGGUAUUCCAGGUUUUCUUGCUGCUGCUUAACAUAGACCAAAGGAGUAAAUGCACAUCUGUCCCCUUAGUGGCUGGAUGGCUCCAAGAUAUUGAAUCGUUCUGAAGGACAAGUUGGGUCAGUAGACAUAUCUGGACUCUCUUUUACUUCUGUGGUUCUCUUGUUUGUCUGCGUCCUUGUUUACCCUAGGAGAUACUCUGGUAGGGAUCCUGUUCUUCCCUCCACAUUUGCAGUAAGCAAAUCCUGAAAUUACAGUGGUCUCAGCUCUUAACAUUUACUCUCAGCACAGUAUUAUCCCUAAAACUUAUUAGACCUACAGUAAGGAUCUCUAAAGCAGUGGCACAAAACUAUUAGGAAUUUAUAUUCAUGUGUUUGCCCUUGAAGAUUUUUGUUUUCUUUUUUUUACUUUGCCUCAUAUGCCAAAAGAUCCUGGAGCUGCCACUGUUCAGCUAGUGAGGUUGAAUGAAAAGGAGUCUAACUCCCUAAGAAUGUUCAUGAGCAUAAUGCAUUCACAGAAGACCUAUACAUUUCUCUUCAUUUUAAUGAAGCAUGUAAAAAAGAAAUGUAUGAAGAUUUUGUUUACUGUAUAAUUGAAAGUGAAUCUUCCAGAAGAGAUUGUCUGUUUUCAGACAUACAUAAGCUUCAGUAAUAAUGCUAACCUCUUAAGACUGAGAUUUACUUCUCAGAAAUUAUUAACAAAACAACUAGUAGCUAAAAAGGUUUAGUGUCCUUCUGGUAAUGGGACACAUCCUUCAGUAGAACCAGGAGGGAGAUAUUUUUGGCAUUCCUCCUCCCAGGAGCAGUCCCGCACACACUGCCAGACAGAGUCAACCCUAUAUAAAAAUGCUAAUAAAUAGUAAGCAAUACAGUUACAAUUCUUUCUCUUUGCUUUGAGUGGAAACAAGAGGAAAGCCCCUCCCCCCACAAAUGAAUUGGUUUUUGGUCCUGCUAAGAAUGUUUUUGUUUCAUGUACUGUAUUUUUUCCGUGUAGAAGACGCCCCCAUGUAUACGAUACCCCCACUUUUC